AAGUCUUUUAUUUUGUAAGAUUUCUCAUACUUUUUGUCCUCGGCGGGCUCCUGUAUGGAGAUAACGCAACUCUCUGCUUUCCUCUGGUCUGAAGUGAAGGUGAAGUUAAACUGAAGUUAAGCUGAAGUUAAGAUGAAGUUAAACUGAAGGUAAGCUGAAGUUAAACUGAAGUUAAACUGAAGUUAACCGGAUAUCCUGUCUUUGUUGUUAUUCUCCGACAUUUGUGCGUCGUUUGUGUUACUUUGCGGGAUUUUCUCUGUGACGCAGAUGUUUUUUUCUUCUGCAUUCAGCUGAAGUGUCAGGUUCGUUUGUUGAGAUCGUUCCCUGUGACCCUGGCGCCAUCUGGUGGACAGUAGCAGUACAACAACACUGAGUCAUGAGUCAGUGUGAGGAACCUGGACCAGGACCAGGACCAGGACCUGGACCUGGACCUGGACCUGGACUCAGCUGUGUCUCCCUGAGCAGUGAUCACUCGAUGGCUGAUUUCAUUAAUUUUACACAUAAAAGAUGUAUGCAGAGACCCAAGUCCUCCAGACCAGAAUCAGAACCAGAACCCAGCUGUGUUUCUUUGACGAGCCACCAGUCCAUGUCAGAACCUGUGGGUUUUAAAGAUGGCGUCCAUGGUUCUGGACUCAGAGUGGAGCGGCAGCGCCACACACACCUGAGCGCUGUGUUUAUGCUGUUGCAGCAGAACCUCUCCACGUUUGUGACGAGGGAGCUGAAGAACAUCCAGAAGGUUCUGAGUCCAGAUUACCCAGAAUGCUCAGGGAGUCAGGAGGAGGAGCAGGAGGAGGAGGAGGAACCGCAGAGGAGGAGCAGCAGAGACGCAUUUCUCAAAAUCGUACUGAACUUCCUCAGAUGGAUGAAGGAGGAGGAGCUAGCUGAGCGUCUGAAGAGCAAAUCUCCUGCCAUGUGCCAGCCGACUCUCAAGUCCAACCUGAAGAGAACGUACCAGUGUGUAUUUGAAGGCGUGGCUAAAGCAGGAAGCCCCACCCCUCUGAAUCAGAUCUACACUGAACUCUACAUCACAGAGGGCGUGGCCGGAGAGGUCAACGAAGAACACGAGGUCAGACAGAUCGAAAUGUCCACCAGGAAACGAGAGCGAGCAGAAAGCACCGUCAGACUAGAAGAUAUCUUUAAAGGGUCGCCUGAAAGAGGCGGAACAAUCAGAAGAGUGAUGACAAAGGGCGUGGCUGGCAUCGGGAAAACAGUGUUAACACAGAAGUUCACUCUGGACUGGGCUGAAGACAAAAGCAACCAGGACGUACACUUCACGUUCCCCUUCACCUUCAGAGAGCUGAAUGUGCUGAAAGACAAGAAGUUCAGUUUGGUGGAACUCAUCCAUCACUUCUUCACUGAAACCAAAGAAGCAGGAAUCUGCAGGUUUGAAGACUUUAAGGUGGUCUUCAUCUUUGACGGUCUGGACGAGUGUCGACUUCCUCUGGACUUCCACAACACUGAGAUCCUGACUGACGUCACAGCGUCCACCUCAGUGGACGCGCUGCUGACAAACCUCAUCAGGGGGAAACUGCUUCCCUCUGCUCGCCUCUGGAUAACCACACGACCUGCAGCAGCCAAUCAGAUCCCUCCUGACUGUGUGGAUAUGGUGACAGAGGUCAGAGGGUUCACGGACCCACAGAAGGAGGACUACUUCAGGAAGAGGUUCAGAGAUGAGGAGCAGGCCAGCAGGAUCAUCUCCCACAUCCAGACAUCACGAAGCCUCCACAUCAUGUGCCACAUCCCAGUCUUCUGCUGGAUCACUGCAACAGUUCUGGAGAACAUGCUGAAAACCAGAGAUGGAGGAGAACUGCCCAAGACCCUGACUGAGAUGUACAUCCACUUCCUGGUGGUUCAGUCCAAAGUGAAGGUGGUCAAAUAUGAUGGAGGAGCUGAGACAGAUCCACACUGGAGUCCAGAGAACAGGAAGAUGAUCGAGUCUCUAGGGAAACUGGCUUUUGAGCAGCUGCAGAAAGGAAACCUGAUCUUCUAUGAAUCAGACCUGACAGAGUGUGGCAUCGAUAUCACAGCAGCUUCAGUUUACUCAGGAGUUUUCACUCAGAUCUUUAAAGAGGAGCGAGGCCUGUACCAGGACAAGGUCUUCUGCUUUGUCCAUCUGAGUGUUCAGGAGUUUCUGGCUGCUCUUCAUGUUCAUCUGACUUUCAUCACCUCAGGAGUGAACCUGGUGUCAGAAGGAACAUCAAGUUCCUGGAGGUCCACACUCUUUAAAGACAAACCCAGACUAAGAUAUCUGCACCAGAGUGCUGUGGACAAGGCCUUACUGAGUCCAAAUGGACACCUGGACCUGUUCCUCCGCUUCCUUCUGGGUCUUUCAUUGGAGAUCAAUCAGAAGCUCCUGCGUGGCCUGCUGAUGCAAACAGAAAGUAGCUCAUGGACCAACAUGGAGACAGUCGAGUACAUAAAAGAUAAGAUCAGUAAGAACCAGUCCGCAGAGAGAAGCAUCAACCUGUUUCACUGUCUGAAUGAACUCAAUGAUUGUUCUCUGGUGGAGGAGAUCCAACAUUACCUGACAUCAGGACGUCUGUCCACCGACCGAGUGUCUCCAGCUCAGCUCUCAGCCCUGGUCUUCAUCUUACUGUCGUUAGAAAAAGACAUGGAUGUCUUUGACCUCAGGAAGUACUCUGCUUCAGAGGAGGCGCUGCUGAGGCUGCUUCCUGUCACCAAAACCUCCAAGACAGUUCUGUUGAGUGGCUGUAACCUCUCGGAGAGAAGCUGUGAAGCUCUGUCUUCGGUCCUCAGCUCCCAGCCCUCCAGUCUCAGAGACCUGGACCUAAGCAACAAUGACCUGCAGGACUUUGGCCUGAAGCUGCUCUGUGACGGACUGAAGAGUCCACACUGUAAACUCAAGACUCUCAGACUGUCAGGUUGUCUCCUCACUGCGGACGGAUGUGUAUCUCUGCACUCGGCUCUGACCUCCAACCCCACUCACCUGAAAGAACUGGACCUGAGCUACAACCAUAUAGGUGACGUAGGAGAGGAGCUGCUGUCUGCCGCACAGAAAGACCCACGCUGGAGACUGGACACUCUCAGCUUGGAGCCUGGUGGUGUCCGCUGGCUGACUCCAGGUCUCAGGAAGUAUUCCCGUGCGAUCUCGCUGGACAGGAACACGGUUUACCCAAAGAUCAAACUGUCUGAUGGUGACAGAACGGCGUCGCGUGUGGAGGAGGGGCAGUCGUACCCGGAUCACCCGGACAGGUUCGACCACUGGCCUCAGAUGAUGUGCAGAGACGAUCUGAUUGGCCGGUGUUACUGGGAGGUGGAGUGGCGGGGAAAGGUCUACGUGUCCGUGAGUUACAGGGGGGUCAAGCGGCGAGGGGACAGCGACGACUGCGAGUUUGGCUGGAACGAGCGGUCAUGGAGCCUGCGGUGCUCUGAGGGUCACUACUACGCCUACCACAACAACACUCACACGGCCAUCGCCUCGUCCCGUGUCUCGCACAGGGUGGCGGUGUACGUGGACUGUCCACAGGGGACGCUGUCCUUUUACCAAGUGUCUCCCGACGAGCUUGUCCACCUGCACACUUUCAGAACCACCUUCACCGAGCCGCUGGUCCCGGGGUUUGCAGUGUGGUGGUCGGGUUCCUCGGUGUCACUGUGUCCACUGUAGCAGAGACAAAAACAGGCCCCGCCUCCUUCAGAUGACGUAGAGAAAGACGGACGGGACAGAGGGGGCGGGGUUUAAACAUCUACAUGUUAGGGUGGUUUUUAUUACAGCUUUGUUUUUA